CUGGGUUCCCAGAUGGCACAGGGCAGAUGGUCACCACAGGAUCUGUUGCACAACAUAAAUUGGUUGGAACUCAGAGCUGCCCACCUAGCUCUACGUCACUUCCACCUCUCGCUAACCAACCAGCACGUGUUGCUGUUAACCGUCAAUGUCACUGCCAAGGCACAUGUGAACAGGCAGGGAGGCACCCGGUCCAAGUACCUGAUGUCCGAAGCAGCGAGCCUCAGCCUCUGGGCGGAAUCACACCUGCUCUCCCUUCAGGCGGAACAUAUUUCAGGAGCACACAAUGAACAGGCGGACUGGUUGAAUCGAACAACCAUUGACCACUCUGAAUGGCGUCUCCAUCCAGACCUGUUUCACCAACUGACAACCAGGUUCGGCCAACCAUGCGUGGAUCUAUUUGCAACACCAAAGAACACUCACCUACCUCGGUUCUUUUCCAGAUUUCCGACGGCAGGGGCAGAAGUGACCGACACCCUUCGGGCGCCCUGGCCUCGAGGCCUUCUAUAAGCCUUUCCUCCGACACCUCUACUACCAUGGGUCAUCUGGAAGCUUCUGGACGAGCAGGCAGAAAUUCUGUUGGUGGCUCCGCACUGGCCCAGAAGGGUAUGGUUUGCGGACCUAGUGUCACUGUCAGUGUCCCACCUGUGGAGGAUUCAGCCAGACAGGAUUGUCCUAAGCCAGGGGGCAGUGCAACAUCCCGAGCCCCAGUGGCUCCAACUGGCCGUCUGGCGAUUGAAUGGGAAAUCCUGAGGGACUCCAGAUUCUCGAGCGAAGUCAUUUCUGUCAUCCAGGCCUCUCGUCGUCCGUCUACUACCAGGAUUUAUGACGCCACUUGGUCAGCGUUCUCUAGCUAGUGCCGAAAAUCGCACAUUCCUCCCAGGACAGCUUCCCUUCUGGACGUCUUGAGUUUCCUUCACUCAGGAUUCAAACAGGGACUUACUGCCAACACGCUCCGCAGACAAGUGGCCACCUUAGCGACUAUUCUGCAUGGAGAGGGUCCUAUCCCUUUCUCUCAACACCGCAAGGUGAGGAGUUUUCUUCGAGGUGUUGCUAAUUUACGGCCUCCUCCAGUCCAUAUGUAUCCUUCCUGGGACUUGCCUCUCGUCCUACAAGCGCUCACAUUUGCUCCAUUCGAGCCUUUAGGAUCCGCCAAUCUCAAAAUACUUACCUUCAAGGUCGCCUUCUUGAUAGCAAUCACGUCUGCAAGGAGGAUCUCCGAACUGGCGGCACUCUCGGUACGUAGAGAUUUAUGCAUCUUUUACUCCGACAGGGUGGUCCUCAGGUUGGACCCGACUUUCAUACCAAAAGUCAAUUUUUGGUUUCAUAGGGCACAGGAGGUGGUUUUACCUAACUUUUACCCUGACCCAGCACAUCCUAGAGAACGGCGUUGGCACACGCUCGAUGUUCGUAGGGCACUUCGCAAAUAUAUUGACAGGACCGCUUCAUUCAGGAAGUCUGAAGCACUAUUUGUAUCAUUCCAGCCUACUGCCAUGGGCAAGAAAGUUACCCCAUCUACAAUUGCGAGAUGGAUCAAAGCUUGCAUCGCAAUGGCUUACGAACACCAAGCUACUCCAGUGCCCAGAAACAUCACUGCACAUUCAAUUCGUAGCACUGCUACCACAGCAGCCUGGGCUACUCAGGCUUUCAUAUUGGAGAUUUGCAGGGCCGCAACUUGGGCUUCUCCCACUACCUUUAUCAGAAAUUACAAGUUGGACGUUUUUGCCUCAGCCGAGGCUUCGUUUGGCAGAAGAGUCCUGGCAGAAGAGUCCUGCGUUCUACCAGGAGAACGACACCUGGACCGCUCGGACUCCCACCCUGGGGAUACUUAGCUUGGGUAUAUCCCAUUGCUUGGACUCUCCAAGCAGCGCACAGGAGAUUGAACAUUGGAUCUUACCUGAAUGUUCAAUCUAUGUGCACUGCAGGAGAGUCCAACCCCGCCCUAAGGUAGCGGUCCAGCAUCCAACACCUAGUUAUAGUGGACAUUCUUCUAUCAUCAUUGCUACAUCUUCUACAGACUUCUUCGUCGAAACACUGAAGGCUCAUGGGAGAAAGAGGCAUGGCUAGGAAAAUUCAACUCAGUCUCUGGCCAACCAAGCUAAACUUGAACCCAUUGCUUGGACUCUCCUGCAGCGCACAUAGAUCGAACAUUCAGAUGAACUAAAAGGUUAUGGACCAAUUUUUGAAGAGCAGCCCAUUGAUACGGUAUACCCAGAAGAGUCUCCAGAUGCAAAAGUGUCAAUGAACUGCAGAGCCAGAGGAAUCCCUACACCUACUUACAAGUGGCAACGUAACAACUGGGAUGUUGAUAUUAAGCUGACAAAAGAACAUUAUAGUAUGGUAGGAGGUAACCUGGAAAUCAAUAAUCCUGAGAAGUCAAGGGAUGAAGGAACAUAUGUUUGUAUAGCAUACAAUAUACAUGGAACUAUAAGGAGCCGGGAAGCAACUUUAAACUUUGGUUAUUUAUAUCCUUUUCCUCCGGAAGAGAGACAUGCAGUAAAAGUACGAGAAGGUGUAGGUGCUGUUCUUCUCUGUGAUCCUCCACCUCAUUAUCCAGAUGAUCUAAGUUAUCGCUGGUUUCUGAAUGAUUUCCCAGAAUUCAUUACUUUGGAUAAACGGCGAUAUGUGUCACAAACAAAUGGUAAUCUUUACAUAGCCAAAGUUGAACCUACUGAUAAAGGCAACUAUUCAUGCUGUGUGACUAGUAAUUCAAUUACUAAGAGUGUAUUCAGCAGUUUCAUUUCACUCAUUCCUCAAGCAGAUCGGUCAAAAGGCUAUGUGCCAGAUAUCAGAGUGAAGUUCAAAGAUACAUAUGCACUUUUAGGACAAAAUGUGACACUAGAAUGCUUUGCGCUUGGAAACCCUGUUCCUGAACUCAGAUGGAGUAAAUAUCUUGAACCAAUGCCAAGCAGUGCAGAUAUAAGCUUGUCUGGUGCAGUUCUAAAGAUCUUCAAUAUUCAGUUUGAAGAUGAAGGAAUAUAUGAAUGUGAAGCUGAAAAUUACAGAGGAAAGGAUAAACAUUCAGCAAAAGUGUAUGUUCAAGCAUAUCCAGAAUGGGUGGAACAUAUUAAUGAUACCGAAAGAGAUAUUGGCAGUGAAUUCCAUUGGCCAUGUAUAGCUGCAGGCAAGCCUAUUCCAACAAUCCGGUGGCUGAGAAAUGGAUUACCGUAUUGGAAAGGAGAAUUGAGAUUUUCUAGUCUGAAGCUUGAAGAUUCAGGCAUGUAUCAAUGUGUAGCAGAAAAUAUACAUGGAAUGAUUUAUUCAAAUGCUGAAUUAAAAGUUAUUGUUUUACCUCCAACCUUUGAAUUCUACCCAAUGAAGAAAGAGGUUUUGGCUGCAAAAGGAGGACAGGCUAUAAUUGAGUGCAAGCCUAGAGCAGCUCCUAAACCAAAAAUUACCUGGAGUAGAGGGACAGAAAUUCUUAGAAACUCAACCAGGAUACAUAUAUGGUAUGAUGGCAGCCUAGAAAUUAUUAAUGUUACAGCAGUAGAUGCAGGCAAUUACACCUGUUUUGUGGAAAACAACAAAGGAAAAGCUAACAGUUCUUCUGCUCUUAUAGUCACAGCUGCAACAAGGAUAACAUUAGCACCAACUAAUGUUGAUGUCAUUGUUGGAUUGAAUGCUACCAUGCAAUGUCUUGCAUCCCAUGAUCCUUCUUUAGACCUGACUUUUAUUUGGCUUUUAAAUGGAUAUCCAGUAAAUGUUGAUAAAGAGAGUGAUUAUUAUGAAAGAUCUAUCAUGAUAAAAGACAAUGGUGAACUUAUUGUCAAGAAUGCUCAGUUGCGACAUGCUGGAAGAUACACUUGUGUUGCUCAGACAAUUGUUGAUAAUGCCACAGCUUCAGCUGAUCUUGUUGUGAGAGGUCCCCCAGGACCCCCUGGUGGACUCAAAGUAGAAGACAUUAAAAAUACAUCUGUAAUUCUUACAUGGAGCCGUGGGAUAGAAAAUCAUAGUCCUAUAUCAAAUUACACUAUUCAGUCAAGGACUUUUUUGUCCGAGUAUUGGAAAGACAUGAAAACAGAUCCUUCCAUUGUUGAUGGAAAUGCGGAAUCAGCAAAAGUUAUUGAUUUAAUUCCAUGGAUGGAAUAUGAAUUUCAUAUAAUGGCCACUAAUAUUUUAGGGACAGGAGAUCCUAGUAUACCGUCACAGAAAAUUAGAACAGAAGGAUCUCCUCCAAAUGUGGCCCCUUCUGAGGUUGGAGGAGGAGGUGGAAGCAAUAGAGAACUGACAAUAACAUGGGUGCCUUUGCCAAAAGAGUAUCACUUUGGUAAUAAUUUUGGAUAUGUGGUAGCUUUCAAGUCCUUUGAUCAAAAUGAUUGGAAAAGUGUUAUAGUUCCUCAACCUGAAAUUGGUCGGUAUGUCCAUAAGGAUGAAUCAAUGCUUCCUUCAUCAAAGUAUCAAGUAAAGGUGAAAGCAUUUAAUAACAAAGGGGAAGGACCUUUUAGUCUUACUGCUAUUAUCUAUUCGGCAGAAGAUGCUCCUACUGAAAGGCCUAGAAAUGUGAAAAUAAAAGUUCUGUCAUCCAUGGAAGUUUCUGUUUCCUGGGAGCACAUUUUCAAUCCAGUUGUUACUGGGUAUGAGAUCAGUUACUGGUCCAGCAGUGAAAAAGAAAUAGCUGCAAGUAGAGUGCAAGUGAGCAGUCGGAAUUUUUCAGUAAUGUUAGAAAACCUGAAACCUUAUACAAAAUACUAUACAAAAGUUGCAGCUUUCAAUGCAGCUGGCAUUGGACCUUACACUUAUCCUUUGGAUUUUGUUACAGAAAAAGCACCUCCAAGGCAGCAACCAAGAAUUAUUAAUGCUGUAAGGUCGGGUUCAAAGUACAUCAUCACAUGGGAGCAUGUUAAGUCACAGUCCAAUGAAUCUACUGUGAAAGGAUAUAAAGUGCUCUAUAGACCAGAUGGUCAAUUUAAUGGCACACUAUUUAAGACCGGUAACCAUUAUAUAGAAGUUCCUGCACCUGUUAAAGGUCAGUACAUUGUUGAAGUUCGGGUCCAUAGUGAAGGGGGAGAUGGAGAAGUAGCUCACGUAAAAAUUCCAGGAGCUGCUGCUGGAAUAUUACCUAGCUGUCUUGGUUUAUUGUUGCCUGCCCUUGGUAUCCUUAUCUUUUUGGAAUUCUGAAUGUACCUGAACAUGUCCUCAGUUUAGUGCAAAGGACUGAACCUAAAAGAAAUUCUUCUUUUUUUCGAUUUCUUGAGGCAUUGUCCUAAGCCAAAUAAAUUACACUUCCAAGUAAAUUAUCUUCCUGACUUAACUAUGGAACUUCAAGGACUGAGACACCUAGAAAUUCCUUCAUCAAGCAACUCAAGUUUUGAAAGUUUGAGGAAUAUUUUUUAACAUGUUCGAUUAUGCCUUAUGAAACACUUCUGCUGAUCUGCAACAGUUGCAUGAUUCGGUCCAAUGGGGCAAGUUACAGUGUAGUGUUAAAUCUAAUAAUGUAAGCUGUAUAGUAAAAAUAAAAUCACCACACAUAGGUGCUUUAACUUUCAUAAUAAAUUGUGAAAACAUAAUAGAGAUUGAAAAAUUGAUUGUAUGUGGUAUAUGUAGAAGCAACUACGUCUGUCGGUACUAUCCUAUCUGUUUUGUGUACUGCGUUUUUUUUUAAUGGCCCCUGUCAUUUAUGACUUUUCAGGUUUUUAAAGAUACAGUCAAAGCAAAAGCAUUGCACUCAUUUUACAGCUUUUGUAACUUGAAGUAAAUAAAUGGAUUGAAAACACCAGGAUGCAAGUUAAGGAUUUUAUUUCUGGAUCUAUUAAUAAGUAUUAACAGCAAAGGAUUCCAGUACCUUAAUUAUAUAAUGGAAAUUUAACUCAACAUAUUGUUUUAAAUAAUGCAAAUCACAGAGAAGUUUAUUUUGAUGUAAAAUUAUCUUACUAGUGUGGGAAUCACCCCCCCCCCGAAGAAUGAAAUAUUUUGAGGAAUAUUAAAAAAGGCAGAAUAAAAUAUUUCCCCCAAAAGAGAAAUAAAAAAUCUUAAGGAAGUCAGAAACUCAGAGCCCCAGCUCCCUGCCCCCAAGCAGAUACUGGGGAGGCAGCUUUUAGAAAUGCAGAUUUGGUAAUCCGUUGAAGACAGAAUAUUUUGAAAUUCCCUGCAGCAAAGUCUGAACAAAGAUAGGAUUAGUCCUCACUCAAGAUCCAAAACAAGACAAAAGCCAUUAAGCCAAAAUAGGAAUUAUUGCAUCACCCAUUAUUGCAGUCCAAACUUCAACCAAACUUAGCUCAGACAAACACCUAGGAUUUGUACUUUGCCUAUAGAGCCAGCUAUAACCCUUAAAUAAUCCCUACAUGGCACCAUGGGGUCUGACAACAACCAAUAGAAUACAUGUUCUUAAACAGGAACAAGAGCUCAAGUGCAAAGCCCAAGAGAAAGUAUAAAAACCCCUCACUCUCAACUCCAUUAUGUCAGUUGCACCAGAACCACAAACAUGUGGUCCUAGUCAUCAAUAAAUGGGCCCUCUUUUCAAUCAGCCUCCAGCCUCCAUUUUGUCUCCAGUGCCUUUCUCCUGGAUUGGAACUGAACCAGAUGGAUAUUUCUUCCCACAAUAGCUAUAUAAACAAAUUUACUUUUAGUAUUUUAUCUAAAUGUAAUUGCCACAUUUGAAUAAAUUGACUUCUAUCCAAAUACAUAAUUUAGAUUUUAAUAUUGCAGACACCUUAUUUUGCUCAUUAUAAAUAUGGAAAUUUGAAAAGUAAUUACCUGAUUGCAUAAAUAUUGACAUGAGUAUAGUAUUUAAAAUAAUGUUUAAAAAUCAAAGCAAAUGCUGUAAUAAUAAAUAAAUAUGCAGUAAAAAGAAAACACAUUAGCAGUUAACAAAAUCUAUCUGAAAGGAUUUUUUUUCCCUCUGAGACACAUAUGGCUUUCUUUUAGUGAAGGCCAACCUGGAGGAAAAUGAUUUGCAUUUUCCAAUAAAUUAACAUUGUUUUACUUCCUAGAGUUGUAAAUAAGAGUUGUAAUGUCCUAAUCCAAUUUUCCCAAUUUAAUUAUCCCAAGAGAUAGAUUCAUUACAAUUCAAAAAUAGAGCUCAAAUAUUGUUUCCUUCAAAUAUGUUUUCAAAUUUAGGGUUCCCACAAAAGAUAAAGAAUGUCUUUGUUCUGACUGUUUGUUCUAUGCGGUAUUUAAAUUUUUAAAAAAGGAAUACUUACUUCUUUCAGAAACUAUGGUGUAUUGAGAAUUUGAUAUGAAUUAAAAGAAAAAAACUGCUCAAGUUAUACUGAAUCAUUGGCUCAAGUAAUAGUGCAAGUGUCUGAUGCUUCCAGUAUUAUAAACUUGGAGUCAUUAUUUUAUUAGCAGAGCUUUGCUAGCUGAUUUAGAAAUAGAAUUUAACUUUUUAGAACUGAUAUUGUAGAUGCCCAUAAUGAUACCAUCCAUGUGAAGCAAGAACAGAUCUGUCAGUACUUUACACUCGUUCUUUAAUUUGUAUGACUUUGUAUUAUAUAUUUACAUUUUAAAACUCUAGACUCUUCAUGCAAAAUAUCAAUAUUUUAUCAAUGUUUUACUUUUGUUAUAGUUUAAAACUUUUUUAAACAGUAGGUCAAAGGAUAAUUUCUUUUUAACUGAAUGUUAGAAGAUUAAUAAAUGUUAUUCAUAAUUAUAUACUUAUUUGAAGAAACUAAAGUUCAUGCAUAAGAAACUAAUGUCUUUGGGAGUCUUCUAUAUAUUUUGUUUUGGUUCACUUUUAUGCAAGGUAUCUCAUAUUUUAUAUAACUUACAUUCACAAUUUUUGUUUGUUUGUUUCUUUCUUUUUGCCAAAAUGCAUGUCUGCCUAAUGAAUUUCUAACACAUGAUAAAAAUAUCAAAAGUAGAUAUUUUUUGCAUGGAUAACAUUUGAAAAAUGAAAGCACAUGUAUUUAAUUUAAGCUGCAAUACACUUGAGCAAAAUUUCAUCACUCAGACUAAUGAACUAAUCCCAGAUUUUCAUUGUUCUAUACAGCUGUACAAAUUUUACUGAAAUAUUCAGUUACCAACAGUUAUUGGCACAAUUAACUAUAUACUGUAUCAUCUGGUUUACAAUGCAAGGUUCUUAAUUAAAAUUUAUAUAGAUACAUUGCUUGUUUCUUUGUAUUUCAGGCAAUAUUGAUAUUAUUACCGGUAUUUGAUACUAGUAAAUAUUAAUUUUUAAAGUUACUUUUUAUCAUUUUCUUUACUAUUGAAUAGACCAGGACUACACUUUGUCCAUUUUAUGGUUGAAAAAUAAAUUAUAAUUAAAUAAAUG